CUUCAAUUUGUGGUUUAUGUCAUCACCGAAAGAAAGUACCAAAAAGAACUUUGUUAUAAGCCGAGCCGAGCCGAACCAAGCCGAGCCAAGCCAAGCCCACACAAAACUUGAAUUAGAAAAAUAUAAUUCUAGCUUACCACUACAAGGUUUUUUUUUCCUUCUUAUUCUUUGAGAGAGAAAAGGGCGAGACAAGAAAAAGUAAACCAAAGUUGUGGAGCCAAACCCAAGUUCCCAGUUGUUUCAUCAUCAUCAUCAUCAUCUUCUUCUUCUUCUUCUUCUCCUUCUCGGAUCUGAUUGCCGCUUCCUUCUCUGUCCUACACUAGAUUCCUUUUUUUCUUUUUUGAUUGAUUUGGUUUUCCUUGAAAAUGAUUACAAAUAGAGAAGAGAGGCGAAGCGAAGGACAAGGGGACAGAGGUGAAUUUAGAUCUGCGACUGCGAUGAAGUAAAAGACCAAAGACGGUGGUUGCUUUCACUUUUUCUUAUUUUGAAGAAAGCUGUGAAUUUGUUUUCUGAGAUUUUGUCAAGGAGAUCAUUUGGUGUCGGGAGAACCAAGUUAUUUUCAGACACAUGGAGGAGGUAGGCGCACAAGUAGCUCCUGCCAUUUUUAUCCACCAGGCCCUUGCCAGUCGGUUCUGUGAACCUCCUUCCCUGCCCAGGAAACGUGAUCUUUCUUAUCAAACCCCAAGCUUUCAGUACCAAAACCCUUCCCAACAGCGCCUUGCCAAUCCCACGGACAAUUGGAACCCUAAGCUAUGGGAGUGGGACACUGUAAGAUUCAUUGCCAAACCCUUGGACACACAGACUCUGCUGCCAGGGACUGCCACAGCAGAGCAAAUAAAGAAAGAUCUUGUUAAUGGAAAUGAAAACUCUAUAAUGUCCAAGAAGACCACUGUGGUAAAUGUGGAUGAUGAGGGCCUGCAACUGAAUCUGGCUGGGGGAUUGAAUUCUGUGGCAGAGCCUGUGUCCAGGCCUAAUAAAAAGGUCCGCUCUGGAUCCCCUGGCAGUACCAACUAUCCCAUGUGUCAGGUUGAUAAUUGCAAGGAAGAUCUCUCUAAUGCAAAGGACUAUCACCGUCGGCAUAAAGUGUGUGAGAUUCAUAGCAAAGCGACUAAAGCACUUGUUGGGAAGCAGAUGCAGAGGUUCUGCCAGCAGUGCAGCAGGUUUCACCCUCUUUCUGAGUUUGAUGAUGGGAAGAGAAGUUGUAGGCGUAGACUUGCUGGGCAUAACCGCCGAAGAAGGAAAACACAACCUGAAGAUUUGACCUCAAGGCUUUUACUCCCUGUAAACAGGGAUAAUGCUGGGAAUGGAAAUUUAGAUAUUGUCAACUUGCUGACUGCCUUGGCUCGGACACAAGGCAAAAAUGAGGACAAAAGCAUUAAUUACUCAUCAGUAACAAAUAGAGAUCAACUCAUUCAGAUUCUUAGUAAGAUUAAUUCAUUACAUUUGCCAAUGGACCUGGCUGCAAAGUUGCCCAACGUUGGAGUUUUGAACAGGAAGAACCAGGACCAGCCUUUGGUAGGACAGCAAAACCAAUUGAAUGAAAAAAAGACAUCUUCUCCAUCUACCGUGGAUUUACUCGCUGCCCUUUCAGCCACAUUGACAUCAUCUUCUUCUGAUGCCUUUGCAAUUUUAUCUCAAAGAAGCAGCCAGAACAGUGAUAGCGAGAAGACCAAGUCAACCUGUCCUGAUAAUGUGGCUGCUCCCAGGACACGAAACAGAGCUCCUCUGGAGUUUACUUCAGUUGGAGGAGAAAGUAGUACCAGUUAUCAGUCUCCCGUUGAAGAUUCAGAAUGCCAGAUUCAAGAAACUCGAGCUCAUUUACCAUUGCAGCUAUUUAGCUCCUCGCCUGAGGAUGACAGCCCACCAAAACUGGCAUCUUCUGGGAAGUAUUUCUCUUCUGACAGUAGCAACCCAAUGGAGGAAAGAUCCCCAUCUUCAUCUCCAAUUGUGCAAAAAUUGUUCCCUAUGCAUAGCACAGCAGAGGCCGUGAAAUAUGAGAAAAUGCAAAUUGGCAGAGACACUAAUAUAAAUGCUGAAGGAAGCAGGACUCAUGUUUCUAUUCUGCCUCUUGAGCUCUUUAGUGGGUCAAAAAAAGAAACUGGACAUAGUUCAUUUCAACACUUCCCUUCUCAAGCUGGGUACACGUCUUCUGGGUCGGAUCAUUCCCCCUCUAGCUUGAACUCUGAUGCUCAGGAUCGCACUGGGCGAAUAAUUUUUAAGCUGUUUGACAAGGACCCCAGCCAUUUCCCUGGGACACUGCGGACCCAGAUCUAUAAUUGGCUUUCCAAUAGUCCAUCUGAAAUGGAGAGCUAUAUAAGGCCUGGUUGUGUGGUUCUGUCACUCUAUGUAUCAAUGUCAUCUGUUGCAUGGGAGCAACUUGAAGGAAACCUGCUUCAGUAUGUCAAUUGUUUGUUGCAAGACUCAGAUUCAGAUUUUUGGAGAAAGGCAAGGUUUUUAGUUUAUACUGGCCGGCAGUUUGCGUCACAUAAAGAUGGAAAGAUUCGUCUCUGCAAAUCCUGGAGAUCAUGGAGUUCCCCAGAGUUGAUCUCAGUGUCUCCUUUGGCCAUUGUGGGUGGGCAGGAAUCCUCUCUUUUAGUGAGGGGUAGAAAUCUGACUAAUCCUGGCACCCAGAUUCGUUGUGCGUACAUGGGUGGAUACUCGUCAAUGCAAAUUAGUGGGUCAGCGUAUCAGGGAAGUCCAUAUGAUGAGGUAAACAUGGUGGGUGGUUUUAAGAUUCAUGCUUCAUCAACGAGCGCUCUAGGUCGUUGUUUCAUUGAGGUGGAGAAUGGAUUCAAGGGCAACAGUUUUCCCAUUAUAAUAGCUGAUGCUACCAUUUGUAAAGAAUUGAGACUUCUGGAAUCUGAAUUUGACAUAGAAGCUAAAGCAUCUAGCAUUAUUUCUGAAGAGCAUGCUUAUGAUAGUCGUCAUCCAAGGUCAAUGGAGGAAGUCCUGCACUUUCUGAAUGAACUUGGAUGGCUAUUCCAAAGGAGAAGCACUUGUCCCUUGCCCAAGAGUUCUGAUUAUUCCCUUUGCCGGUUCAAAUUUUUGCUCAUAUUCUCUGUUGAGAGAGACUACUGUGCUUUGGUCAAGGUACUCCUUGACAUAUUGGUGGAAAGCAACUUGGAUAUGGAUGGGCUAUCUAGGGAGUCACUAGCGAUGCUGUCUGAGAUUCAGCUGUUGUGCCGGGCAGUAAAAAGAAGGUGUAGAAAGAUGGCUGACCUGCUCAUACAUUAUUCUGUUAGUAGCAGUGAUGGAAAUUCAAAAAAGUAUAUCUUCCCACCAAAUCUUGAAGGUGCUGGUGGAAUCACACCUUUACAUCUGGCUGCAUGUACAUCUAGUUCAGAGCAUAUGGUCGACGCGUUGACAAAUGAUCCACAGGAGAUUGGAUUGUCCUGCUGGAAUUCCCUUCUGGAUGCAAAUGGGCAGUCUCCAUAUACCUAUGCUAUGAUGAGAAACAACCAUACUUACAACAAGUUGGUGGCUGGCAAAUUUGCUGAUAGAAGGAAUGGUCAAGUUUCUGUGAGGAUUGGUAUUGAGGAUGAGCUGUUAGGAUUGACUGCAGUGAACUUGCACGAGAUAGGUUCACAGUUCAAACAAGGGCGUAGUUCUUGUGCCAAGUGUGCAGUUGUGGCAGCAAAGUUUAACAAGAGGUUUCCAAGUUCACAAGGUUUGCUUCAACGUCCUUAUGUUCAUUCAAUGCUUGCCAUUGCUGCUGUCUGUGUUUGUGUCUGCUUAUUCCUGCGGGGCUUGCCUGACAUUGGAUCUGUUGCUCCCUUUAAGUGGGAAAAUUUGGAUUUUGGCACAAUUUAGUUGUUGUGGCAAAUCAUUUGAAGCAAGUAACAAUCUAGGGGCGGAUUGUGCGAUGGUUUUUGGAAUGGAAAAUUGAUUUGAGCAAAAAUACUUGGUAAAGGGGAAGUUUACAAAUAGGACAGGCUGUGCAUGGGCAGACUCCAUUUGCUGCUGAUUGCUUCUGAGCAAACAAGGGUUUUGGGAUCCUUCAGGCAAUGCCCUUCUUUUGGCUUUUUGUCUAUAUUGGAUUGUUGUAAUUCUACAGAUCCUAAGACCUGACAGGCAUACGACAUUUAAUGGAUGUGAUGAGAGGUAAGGUGAUUAACGUAGGGGAGAAGGUUGAAGGAAUGUUAGUGCAAAAGUUUUGGAAUGGAAUAGUCAAAAGACCCAGAUUGACAGAGAAGAUGCAAGGAAUCAUAGAAUUAUGAGAAACAAGUUUUAACGUGUUAUGUGCUUGUAAAUUUCGCCUGACUCCUCAAUUCAUAGAAUCUACCAAGUCUGAAGUAUGACUGACUUUGUAUUAGUUUCAUGAUCAACCAUCUGUUCAGUAGGAUUGAUUAUACAGCUACAUAUUCAAUACCAAAUAAAUGUUCAAUCAAGUAUAUCUAAAAAUCAUAGAGGCAUCUCUCAUCUCCCCUCCCAUUUUCUAAACAAAGAGAUUUGGGUAUGUAAAAACGCAGUUGCACGUAAAUGAAAAUGAGAAGCUGGUAGUAAUUGCAUCAAUUGAUGGUCCGUAUCCGUUAUUGAUAAGGAUA